AUGAGAGGAAAUGCCUUUUCAGACCAAGAUGCCAGUUAUGAAAGAAAUGGGAAUAAUUCUCAUUCACAUAGGAAACCCAAAAGGACAAAGAGAAGUCACAAUACCGAGAAACAAAAUGACCUCAGUAGCCGGUCAUCUUUCAACCGCAUGCCACCAACCUGCUCGUGCUACUCUGUCCAAGACCCUGUGCCAUUCCAUCAGCCCAUUUCCUUCAAUACCACCUGGAGUCACACAGCAGGGAGUAUCAGUCAUGCCUGUACCUACCAGCCAGCCUCUCCCUGUGCCACCAGAGCUCACCAGGCCUGCAUCUGUAACACAUGCUGGAAAAGCUUCGGUAGAAAUAACUUCAAGCCCCAAAGAGGACUCACAUUCCAGGUGUCUUCACUACUCAUCCACAAGCGUCAUUUCGCAACACAUCUGAUCAGGUGGUUAUCACCCUUUAUGGAUCAGAGGGGCAGAGCGAACCCCAUCAUCUUGGUGAUUCCCAGAAAGCAGUCUUUGAACGAGGGGGACUGGAUGUCUUCCUCCUGGGUACUCCGUCUUCUCUGCAGGAAUUACACAGCCUGCAGCUCUGGCAUGACAGUUCUGGCAUCAGCCCUUCUUGGUAUGUAAGUUGUCACUGACAUGGCAGGUAAAAGGAAAUGGCAUUUCCUGUGCAAUUGUUGGCUGGCCAUGGACCUUGGAGAGUGUGAGCGUGACUGGAGCUUCAUACCGGUCUCAGAGAAGGAGCUCUUUUCCUUUAGGAAUUAAAGGAAACUGUGGGAUUCCUGCUCAGAAGAAAUACGUACCUACUCUGAGUGUGAACAGUCUUCAUGGAGUUCUUUCUUACAACAUUAACCAGCUGGUGAAGCUCUUAUCCAGCCUCGUCUGUUGUUACUUAGAGGGUCAAGGCCGUCACCAGUGGGCAGAACCCUACUGGGCAAAUG